CCAUUCACUCCCUCUCUCUCUCCCUCUCCAUACAUAUGUACAUACGUACAUGUACCCACUCCCGCCACACCCCUUGAUCCUUUCCUCCCUGCCCGCUGCCCUGCGCAAUGCAUCUAAUGGUACAUGUACAUACAUACAUACAUACAUACACACAUGCUUGCUCACGGCAAAUGUCAGGUACCCAGACCUCGACCAUGCACGGGACGAAACCUCUCCUCUGCUCUCUGAUUCGCCCAUUUAG